CCACCUACAGCCACCCCGCCCGUAACCACCACAUCCCCGCAUUGUUUUCAUCGCCGAACUCUUCUCCACUGGGUACAAGCAUCGCGUGUGGAAGGAGUUGGGUACAAGGUCCGUCGGCGUCGCAGGAAGCUCCGUCGCCGUCGCAGGAAGCUCCGUCGCCGUCGUAGGAAGCUGAGUCGCCGUCGUAGGAAGCUCCCUCGCCAUCGUGUGUUCGAGCUCUCUCUGUGUGUUCGCCGGUGUCGCCGUAUCCUCUGUCGUCGCCUCACUCCCCUUCCUUCUCGCCGCCGUCCAAGACCUCCCCAGAAGAGACGAGAAAACAGUGACAAAAGAAGAUACUCGGCUCGCAGGCCCUUCUCCCUCUCCCACUGUUGGUCGUGGCGGCACUCUCUUCCUCCUCCGUUGCCAUCUAUGACGACUCGAAUAGCGCCUGGUGUUGGCGCCAACUUGCUUGGCCAACACUCUGCCGAGAGGAAUCAGGACGCCACCGCCUAUGUUGGCAAUCUCGACCCCCAAGUUCCCGAGGAGUUGCUCUGGGAGCUUUUCGUUCAGGCUGGCCCUGUCGUUAAUGUCUAUGUUCCCAAGGACAGAGUCACUAACCAACACCAGGGAUAUGGAUUUGUUGAAUUCCGUAGUGAAGAAGAUGCUGACUAUGCCAUCAAGGUGCUUAAUAUGAUUAAACUUUACGGCAAGCCAAUUCGUGUAAAUAAGGCAACCCAAGAUAAAAAGAGCUUGGAUGUGGGGGCAAACCUUUUCAUUGGCAACCUUGAUCCUGAUGUAGAUGAGAAGCUCUUGUAUGAUACUUUCAGUGCAUUUGGAGUUAUUGUUACUAAUCCAAAGAUUAUGAGAGAUCCUGAUACCGGAAAUUCCCGUGGUUUUGGUUUCAUUAGCUAUGAUUCAUUUGAGGCAUCUGAUUCAGCUAUUGAGGCAAUGAAUGGGCAAUAUCUUUGCAAUCGCCAAAUUACAGUGUCAUAUGCUUACAAAAAAGACACUAAAGGGGAACGGCACGGCACGCCAGCAGAAAGAGUUUUGGCUGCAAGCAAUCCUACUGCGCAGAAGAGUAGGCCUCAUACGAGAUUCGCCAGUGCACCUCCAACACUCGCCAAUGUUGCUCAGGCUAAUGGUACUGUUGCUGUUCCGGUACCUCCUCACCCCUUUGCUAAUGGAGUUGCUCCACCUCCCAUUCCUGCCCUCCGACCACCACCACCACCCCCUCAAGCAGCAGCAUUUCAGCCUAUGCCAGGAGCUGGGCAACCAACAUGGCAUCAACAACAGCCCGGACUCCCGCCUGGAAUGCCUGUUUGGCGACCACAACCACCGCCACCGCAGCAACAGGGUGGACGACCUAUGGCAUAUCCUCAACCCUCAAUGCCUCCACCUUCCUAUAGCCAGAUGCCACCACCUCAAUGAAGGAAUUCAAACCCUUUUGGAAGGAUCCAGGGUCCUAUUAUAUUGAAUUUCGCCACUGAUUUUUAGCGUUAUGUUUCUUAAUUAAUGUGGUAUUAGAUACAGUUGUUAUCGGCAUCCUUGACACUAGGACAGUUAACAAUAUAAUUAAGAGUCCAAAGGAGAGAUGCUCAACUCUUUAGCCUUGGGUUUGAUAUUGUUUUUAAGUAACUAAUUUUCCAGAGUUCUUUCAAGCAAUGGUGAAUUGUAAAGGUGAAUGAAAAAUAGGAAGGAAAUAUCUGGCCUGUUUUAUUUCUGCGAUGGACUAAGCCUCCCCUAACAAAAGAACAAGUGACAAUGAGGCCUUGAUCUUUGCAUUGUGAGAUGCAUUAGGUCUUCUGAGUCUGAUUGUGAAGUCCGUUAAGAGCAAGCAGAGUGAGUUUUUGUCACGUGAACCCUGUGAGGUUCGUGUGAUGUGCGAAUUUAUAAUUGUCAAAACUGAACUGGUAAUUGAGUUGGUCAUGAAAGGGUCCUUAAUGAUUCUCUUUUUAA